AUGAAGACCAAGAACCGGCCCCCUCGGCGCCGGACACCCAUGCAGGACACAGAAGCUAACCCAGGAGAGCAGACAACUGACAGACCCCAGUCAGGCUCAGGGGGGUCAGAGCUGACAAAGGGUCUUCGGAGCAGGACAGCCCGUGCAAGUGGAGCUCGGGCAGAGGUCAGCCGCCGGCGACAGGGGUCCAGCGGCCGCAGGGAGAACAGCGUUCAGAGACGACUGGAGAGCAAUGAGCGGGAAAGACAACGGAUGCAUAAACUCAACAAUGCCUUCCAGGCACUGCGCGAGGUCAUCCCCCACGUGCGGGCUGACAAGAAGCUCUCCAAGAUUGAAACCCUCACACUGGCCAAGAACUAUAUCAAGUCUCUGACCGCCACCAUACUUACUAUGUCCAGCAGCCGCCUCCCAGGGCUGGAGGCACCAGGUCCUGCGCCAGGCCCUAAACUAUACCAGCACUACCACCACCAGCAACAGCAGCAGCAGCAGCAGGUGGCUGGGGCCAUGCUUGGUGUCACCGAGGACCAGCCCCAAGGCCACCUGCAGCGGUACUCUACACAGAUCCACAGCUUCAGAGAGGGGAGCUAG